GUUGGGUGAGUGAUUAUAUUAUAGAAGUGUCUAAUUAAUCAUCUUUCUAAACUAUAGAUUCCUAAAAAUAGGGACAGUGGUGUAUGCAAUGCGAGGUGAUCCCUAUUCAAAAAUGGCGGAAACAACAGCAGAGCACCACCGUCACCACCACCACUUGGUACUAAAAUCUGCAAUAUGUUCCAGACUCCUCCUCCUCGGCCUAAUCGUCUUCUUCCGCACUCUUCUCUCACCCUAUGACACAUCUGCAGCGUUAAACCCUCCGUGCCUCUCCACCCCCAACGCCACUCUUCCUCCCCUCCAAAACGACGUCGUCUGGGACUUCCGUCUACUUCUCCGCAUCGUUCAGUGCGGCGACGAUUACGAACAAUCCUUCGCCUUCCUCCCUCUCUUCCUCUCUCUCUUUCCCGUCUCCUUCCUCCCCACCCAAACACCCCUCUUCGUUAUCUCCGCCUACCUCAUCAACAACCUCGCCUUCGUUCUCGCCGCUCUCUACUUCUACAGACUCUCCUUAACCCUAUUGAAGGACCCCGACACUGCGUUAAGGGCUACUCUUUUGUUCUGCUUCAACCCCGCCUCUGUCUUUUACUCCUCCAUAUACUCCGAGAGUUUGUACGCUCUUUUGUGUUUUGGAGGGAUGUAUCACUUCGUCUGCGGCCGAAACAAUUUGGCCGUUCUUUUCUUCGCGCUCUCCGGUUGUGCAAGGUCCAAUUGCGUGCUUACUGCUGGCUACUCUGUUUUUCAUACAGCAUCGCUCUUAUCACGAUAUCACGCCCUGUUUCGCCAGAAGGUCCUUUUGUUAGCUUUGCAGAUUAUUUUUGUUGGAGCUUUACGCACUGCAUGUAUUUUUGCUCCAUUUUUAGCUUUCCAGGCUUAUGGCUAUUACAAUAUGUGUGUUGGUCGUUCUCAUGAUGAAAUAAGGCCCUGGUGCAAGGCAAGGAUACCGUUACUUUACAGCUACAUUCAAAGUCAUUAUUGGGGUGUAGGUUUCUUGAGAUAUUUUCGGCUGAAACAAUUGCCUAACUUUCUUCUUGCAUCCCCAAUACUGUCUCUGGCACUGUGCUCGAUUGUCCAUUAUGCCAAGUCAAGGCCUCAGAACUUUUUCUCAUUGGGUUUUUUAGCUCCAAUGGAAGAAAAGAGCUGUGGAUUUGUGUUUUCGUCAGGUGAUCUCUCAAGGUCCAAAGAAGCUGAUAGUGUGGGGAAAUCCUCCUCUGUUAGGGUGGUAGAAGAACACUUAAAUCUUAGGAGAAGA